CAGAAGCCUUUGAAAAUGUCGGUUGCAGGUUAAAAGUGAGAAGGAAUUUGUCUCCAGGAAGCUCAAACACGGCACACCAGUUUUGUUGUCUCUGUCUAGAUAUUUAAGAAGUGGAGCAAGGGAUCCAAUUGACCACCCUUCCUGCUCAGACUGUGGGGAGGGAUUCACUCGGUCAUUUGACCAACUGACACACCUGGAAUUUACACAGGAGAAAGGCCUUUCACCUGCUCAGACAGUGGGAAUGGAUUCCCUCUGUCAUCACAAUUGAAGGUACAUCAGCAAAUUCACACUGGACAAGGCCAUUCACCUGUUCUGUGUGUGAGAAGGGGUUCAGUUGGUCAUCCUACCUGUGGACACACCAGUCAGUUCACACUGGGCAGAGGCUGGUCAUCUGCUGAAUUUCUGGGAAAGGAUUCACUCAGUCAUCUGACCUAAUGGCUCACCAGCGGGUUCACACUGGGGAGAAGCCAUUCACCUGCUCAGAGUGUGGGAAAGGAUUUACACAGUCAUCUACCCUACUGGUACAUCAGCGAGUUCACACUGGGGAGAAGCCAUUCUCCUGCUCAGAAUGUGGGAAGGGAUUCACUCAGUUAUCUCACCUACAGAGUCACCAGCAAGUUCACACCAGGGAGAAAGCGUUCACCUGCUCAGAAUGUGGGAAGAGAUUCACUCACUCAUCCACCCUACAGAGACACCAGCAAGUUCACACUGGGGUGAAGCCAUUCACCUGCUCAGUCUGUGGGAAAGGAUUCACUCAGUCAUCUACCUUACUGGUACAUCAGCAAGUUCACACUGGGGAGAAGCCUUUCACCUGCUCAGUCUGUGGGAAGAGAUUCACUAAUUUAUCCAGCCUACAGAAACAUCAGCGAGUUCACACUGGGGAGAGGCCGUUUACCUGCUCAGAAUGUGGGAAGAGAUACGCUGACUCUUCCACCCUACAGAGUCAUCAGCGAGUUCACACUGGGGAGAGGCCAUUCAUCUGCUCAGUCUGUGGGAAAGGAUUCACUUGGUCAUCUGAUUUACGGAGUCAUCAGCGAGUUCACACUGGGGAGAAGCCGUUCACCUGUUCAGAAUGUGGGAAGAGAUUCACUCAUUCAUCUCACCUACAGAGUCAUCAGCGACUUCACACUGGGGAGAGGCCGUUCAUCUGCUCAGUCUGUGGGAAGGGAUUCACUCGGUUAGCUAACCUACAGAGACACCAGCGAGUUUACACUGGGGAGAAGCCGUUCACUUGCUCAGUCUGUGGGAAGAGAUUCACUCAUAAAUCCCACCUACAGAAUCACCUGCGAGUUCACACUGGGGAGAGGCCUUUCACCUGCUCAGAAUGUGGGAAGGGAUUCACUCAGUUAUCUCACCUACAGAGUCACCAGCAAGUUCACACCGGGGAGAAAGCGUUCACCUGUUCAGAAUGUGGGAAGAGAUUCACUCGCUCAUCCACCCUACAGAGACACCAGCGAGUUCACACUGGAGAGAAGCCAUUCACCUGCUCAGUCUGUGGGAAAGGAUUCACUGAAUCAUCUACCCUACUGGUACAUCAGCGAGUUCACACUGGGGAGAAGCCGUUCACCUGCUCAGUCUGUGGGAAGGGAUUCACUCAGUCAUCUACCCUACAGAGACACCAGCUAGUUCACACUAGGGAGAGGUCGGGGGACUGUGAUGGCCAUGGCAAGACCUUCAGCUUCCGCUUCCUGAGGGAGUCCAUUGUGGAUUUUGAGCAAAAAGCCGACCUGGCAAAGACGGCAAAUGAGUGUGAGUUGAAACUGAAGGAAAUCAGAAGGUUGAUCCGGGAGACUCUUUGGACCAACUUUGGAAAUGUUGAGUUGCUCACAGUACUACAAGCAGCAGAGGAUGAAUGUGAAGACGUCACUGCUGUACAACCUGAUGGCCACCAGGAGGCGUAUGGCUUCAUGCUUAACCACCUGCAAGGACUGGUAAAGACAGCAAAGGAGGUGGGAACGAUGGAACCGGCCAGGGGAUCGGAAGCACCUUCAGAGUCGAACUCCAAAUCCCCAAGCUGGUUUCCAAGAAGGCCCACUUCAUACAGGCAAGGAGAAAGGAGGAUGCUGAAAGACUAA